CUUACCGGCGUUCGCUGACCCCUGGGGCAUAUUUGCCUGACGUGGCCUUGCGUUAUUUUCGCACAGUCAUCUUCCAUUCUUCCGUUUGUUACGUGUCCUGAUUUACCCGAUAAUACUGGACCUGCCAUCUAACAUUGCCGUGCUGUGGACCUUGCUGUAUGGUCGGGCUUCUCGUCUGCAAUAUCUAAAUGUCGCGUCAACGAAGCCAACAUCCGAUGCAAACCCGCAGCCGGAAAUUCGAAGAAGUAUCCCUGGACGAAAAUUCAGAAAAAAUCCUCAUAGACGGUAGAAGAAAUGGCGGGAGGUUAGAAGAGAAUCACAUCGACGCUCCCUCGGAUUCGGACAGCGAAAUGGAUGAAAAUAGCAAACCUGACUUAAAGGGUGACCGCCACAACAUUGCCCUCUUGCUGUUUCUGUACAUACUGCAGGGGAUACCUCUCGGACUUGCCGGUUCGGUUCCUAUGUUGUUACAGAGUCGACAAGUUAGCUACCACCAGCAGGCUGUGUUCAGCUUUGUUUUUUGGCCGUUCAGCGUCAAGCUAGCGUGGGCGCCGAUCGUCGAUGCGAUAUACUCCAAACGCAUGGGGAGAAGGAAAACCUGGAUGGUACCUUCCCAGUACUUGAUCGGAAUUUUCAUGUUAUUUCUGUCCACCAAAGUCGAUAGUCUCUUGGGAGGCGAUGAAGACAGUCCAGCUGAUGUCAAGACGUUGACAUUUUUCUUCUUCAUGUUGAACUUCUUGGCUGCCACACAAGACAUAGCGGUAGACGGAUGGGCGUUAACAAUGUUGUCUCGGAGAAACGUGGGUUGGGCGUCGACGUGCAAUAGUGUUGGACAGACGGCGGGAUAUUUUCUGGGUUAUGUGCUGUUCCUUGCUCUGGAGUCUGCUGACUUCUGUAACAAGUAUCUCCGCAGUGAACCACACACAGAAGGCAUCAUGACUCUUGCAGGUUUUCUGUAUUUCUGGGGAAUAGUUUUUCUGGUCACUACCACCAUAGUGUGGAUCUUCAAGCGCGAGCGGGAACCACGGCCCAGCGAGGUGCCGGACGAGCAACACGGGAUCGUGUCCACGUACCUGCACCUGUGGGACGUGGUCAGACUACCCGCAGUCAAGGCUUAUGCCAUCAUCCUACUUACUCACAAGAUAGGUUUUGCAGCAGCAGAUGCAGUGACAGGACUGAAGCUGAUAGAAAAAGGAGUCCACAGGGAAAACCUGGCCCUGCUGGCUGUCCCUCUCACUCCCAUCCAGAUCCUGCUCCCCCUAGUGAUCAGCCGGUAUACUGCAGGCCCACGGCCCAUGGACACAUUCCUGAAAGCCAUGCCCUUCAGGUUGUUAAUGGGAGUUGAGCUGGCUGCCAUGGUGUUCCUGACACCGUACUUUAGAAACGAUGACGGCACCUUCCCACUCUACUACUACAUCAUGAUUGUUGCCAGCUAUUCACUACAUCAGGUGACCUUGUACAGCAUGUUUGUGUCGAGCAUGGCGUUCCACGCGCAGAUCAGUGACCCGGUGAUCGGCGGGACGUACAUGACGCUGCUCAACACGCUGUCUAACCUGGGCGGCAACUGGCCCUCCACGUUCGCCCUGUGGUUGGUGGACGAUAUCACCUGGUCCAGAUGUGAGGGCGUGGAAGGGUUAACCUGUGGAAGUGCAGACCUAAACAAGGCCUGUGAGUCAGCUGGUGGGACCUGUGUGACUUGGCUGGAUGGUUACUACAUAGAGUGUGCGGCAUGCCUGGUCAUCGGGUUGAUAUGGCUGAAGCUAAGGGCCAACACUGUUAAACAGCUACAGAACAAAGAACUGUCUGCCUGGUCAGCCUCAUCAUAGUGCCAAAGCUGUUUUGUUCAUUCACUGCCAAUGUGAAUUUAAACUUCUCACUCACACUCACUGUCCGGUCUAUCGUCUGUUGUUCCCCGUCUUCCGAGGGUUAGACAUGCUUGCACCGUACAACUGGGGCUUGAUGGCAGCACGCCACUUCUCUCUGUCCUGUGGGUUGAUCUUUUCUUUGUAAAUUCCUAGUGAUUCCACAACAAUCAGCUAUACUCUCACAAGGCCAGAGUUCAACAUGCCAGUGUCAAGGCCAGUUGCAAUGUCCAGUUCUAUUUGGCAUUGGCUUAAGGAAUAACAGAGCAUAGCAUGGGGUACAAUGUGUGAUAUUAAUGUA